CUCUGGAACAGGGCGGGGAGAACAGUCGUUCAAUCGUCUCUAUAACAUCUACGCGUAUUUUUGACGAAACCAUCGUCUUCGUGACUCGAACGCGAGUGAUAUUGCGAAAUAAUCGGGUGUUUCUGUGUUAAUUUAAGCUGUUUGUGUUAUGAUAUGUGCAAAAUAGUGAUUUGUGGUGAAUAACGUGCAAGGACUUUAGGGUAACAAUGUCUAGUAGUUGACAUGUUUAUCUGUGUCGUGUGUGAAGAUUUUCCCUUCGCGUGAGGAGGUGUAGUGCGCUAGUGUGCGCGCUGGCGCCUUGUGUGCGUGCCGCGACCGUGGAUACGCGAGGAUCCAAUGAUGGAUUGCAUUUCCACGGAUGUAUAGAAUGUGAACACUAUCAUCGGUCGAUCAAUGACUAUAGCGGACAAUGCGGUCACAAGCUGCAAAACCCUCGCCUAAGAAGGGAGCAUUGGGAAAGACAACUUUUAAAGCAACUACUGCUAAACAAGUAAAGAAAAAAAGAGCCACGCCGAAAAAAGCUAAGCUCGCUCCAAAAUCUACACCAAAGGGCUCUAAAAAAGCUACUGGCGAUGAUACAACCAACAAUAAAAAUGAUCAUGAGCCCUCACUUAAGGAAAAAGAUGAAUCAUCAAGUGAAACAGCCAAAACUUUACCAGUCAAAGCCCACUCAUCUCGAGAAGAUUCUCCUUCAAAAAAGUCGAAAAAAGAAUCUAAAGAGACGAAAGAUAAGGCUAAAGUACCUAAAAAAGUCGUUACUAAAAAGCCACUAAAAUUAACUAAGAAAAAUAAAUCGACCUUAAAAUUAAAAAAAGAAGAUAAAAUAAAUGAUAACAUAAAGUACAAAAUUAAUUUAGAUGCGGUUAAAAAAACAACUAAAAUUACAAAACCCGCAGCUAAGGCAAAUUUGAAAAAAAGUAAUUUAGGAAAUCAAAAGAAAAAAGGAUCCCUUUCCAACAAAGAUUGUGAACAAGUUAAAAAGCAUGAAGGUGAAAAAAGUUACAAAGCCAAUACCGUUGAAAAUAAUAGUAAUAUAGCAAAAGCUGAUAAUAAAGAAGGCAAAACUUUAUCACUUCAGUCUGAAGAUAAAACUGAAAAGGUAGGCGAAUCUACUAAAUCAGAAAGAAAUGAGAAUAAUGUGCUUAAAAACUCUACAUUAAAUCUUUCUACCAACCCAAACGCUCAAGCUGAAAUACCAAAAGUCGAGACUGAGCGACCACCUAAAUUUUUCACGUCUAGUCGAUCACCAAGAACCGUUGACAUAGACGUUAAAUGUUGCAAAAAUUCUAAAGGAAACUUAAGCGUUUCCGAAAGAUUUGUAUCUUUGAAAUCUGACGACACUAACAAGGAAAAGAAUGCAUCAAACAAUCUCGUAUCUCAAGGUCCUGAAAUUGACGUGUAUACUUUCACUGAAAAAGUCGAUUCGCCAAAAAGUAUUCUUUCAGAUUUUAGGUCUCCUAUCACGAAAAAUAUAGGAAGAGUGCGGCCUAUAGCAAGAGUCAAAGGUACCAUUAUUGACAAAAAAGCAGAUACAGAAAGAAAAAAGUUCUCACCUCAUAGGCCUAUUGAAGAGGUAGUUAAACAAUUGAAAGCCAAUAAACGCUCAGAAGAUUUAAAUACAGGUCAGAAUACUACAAAUUAUGUACCGCCUGGUUUAGAUUUUAGUGCAUUCACGAGUGAGAAAGAAGUAGAAGAUAAACCACCCAUUGUAAGUAAGUCGUAUAAGAUGGUUGCAAGAAAAUCCAGCAUAACGGGCAAACCUUUUAGUCCUAUUAAGUUUCUUGAUCAAGAACCUUCUACCCAAAGAGACGUAAAACCCGCAACUAAAACCAGUAAUUAUAAAAAAACGGUUAGUAAAUCUAAAAAGCAACAGAAAAAAAGUUGUUUAUCUGAUGAGGAAAUUAAUACAUCUACUUUUUCCCUAAAUACUAAAACUUUUCACUACACUUCUUCUGAAGAAAGUGUGAGUGAAUCAAAUGAUGAUAAUGAUAAUAAAGAGUCUUCAGAAUCUGAAACCUCUCAAACGAAAAAGACAAAAAAUAAAAAAUACAAGAGAAUAACAGACAGCGCAAAAAAGACUACUUCGAAAGAGCUAAAAGAACUUUCUAAAGAUUCUUUGAUUGAUUUAAAAGAUACAUCAGCUCUGUUGGGCAAUGAAAAACCUAGCAAAAGGCGAUUAAAAUUAUUAUCUAUGUGGACUGGUCCCAAAAAGCAUAGAAUGGCAUCACUAAAUGCCUUAGCUAAGGUACAUUGCUUAUAUGAAAACGAAAGUAGAACCCAUAUGGAAUUGGGCUUAAUGAAAACUGUUGAGAGACAAGUUAUUCCAAGUACAUCUAAAGCAUCGGUGCCUAAAAAGAAGGAAGUAAAAACAAAAGAAACUGAGAAACAAGAGAGCACUUCUGAAUCAGAGUAUGAAAAUAAAAAUGAGAAAGAAAAAGAAAGUUCCGAAAGCUCUGACGAUAAUCCACCUCAAAGAACAUUACGAGGUGUACCUGGAAUUAGAAGUGCUGGUAAAUAUUGGGACCCAAAGUCUUCAACCUCAUCCAGUGAAGAUAGUGAACUUGAGUCAAAGUCAAGCAAUUCUACCUCAGACAAAAAGAAAGUAACGCCAAAGUCAUCUAUAGGAAAAUCUGAUUCAGAUAAACCUCCCCCUAAAAUGAAAAAAACUGCUGGAGUUCCUAUAAAGAAGAAGCGCAAUAGAAACGAAAUUGUAAUGGAUCUAAAAGAUAUGGUAGUUCAAAAGCGAAUGGCAAGCUUAAAUGCUACAGCCAUUCUAGCUGCAAGCUACGAAAAGCGUUCCCCAAAAUCUAACAAAGACGAUACUACUUCAGACUCUUGUAGUGAUGAAUCUUUUUCCCAUAAGCCAAAAAACGUGAUAAGUUCCGGCGUGAAGUCGGAAUUAAAAAACGAAGAGACUAAAAAAGAAAGCGAGGACAGUACCUUAACUGAGGACAGAAAGCAAAAAGUUGAGGUUAUUGUCAAUCAAGACACUGAUGUAACAAUAACAGGUGUAUACUCUACCCAUCAUCAUGAAGGAUUCUGUACUGUCUCGGGAAUGCAAUAUCGUAUCUCAUCGACAAGCCAUACUCAAACUACAGCAACAGCUAAUUGCGAAAAGGAGGGUUGUUCUCGAGAAGACGGAUCUCGUUAUACACCUCUGUCUGCUUUAUCAUCUAUGCAGCCUCCUGCUGAACAUUCGCAUUCUCACCCGCAUCCAGUACCAGAAUUGGGCGGUCUAACGCGCCGUGCUGCAGGUUGCUCCAGCGCCUUCUCAGCACCGUCACCAGCUGCACAUCAUGACCCAGGUAAGCCGACGUCGACGUGCAAUUUGUGUGACCCUAUGCCAUCUUUUUCGCCUUAUGGAUAUUAUCAGCCGGCAGGGCCGCUGAUUAAAGAAACCAGCGCAGACGCAGAGCGAGCGCUUGCAAGAUAUCACCCCCCACCACAUUACCAUGCCCCCCAUCCACCUGUACUGCAACAGUACGGGCCUCCGUACUACCCAGCGGAGCUGUGCUACGGGCGGUAUUACCGACCGCCAGGCCCCUAUCACAUGGGACCUCCACAACCUGAUGCACAGAUGGUAAGCGUAGCAAGUGAGCCAUACCCUCCACCGCAGUAUUAUGGAACGCCACCAUGCUAUCAACAUUCACCUCAAAGGAUACCCUACGUAGAAUACCGAGGAUGCCCGUGCCCAUUAAACGCGUGUCCAAAAAACGUCCUUAUUGGGCCCGCUACUGGUAAAGCCCCUACCGGUGGCGGCCCAGCGGACGUACCUUCAACCCUCGCGCCGCCCGGGGGCGCCUUCCGACCGAAGGUGCGGGCGUGCGUACUCGACUCUGCCGCCGACAAUCACGGCAGCGGAAAGGAUCCACCUUUAGAGCCAGAGCCACCUGAGCCACCUACAGCAGCCGACGCUCCACAUCCGUGCCCAGUACCAACCAUCGGUGGUGCUUCCCCUAAGCGAGAAAUGUACGACGUACGGGACAAUCUUCGAUUAAACGCUGACAUCCCGGGUCCAACUGAAGCUGUAGGACCACCUUCUCCGGCAAGGGGAGCGUGCGCCCCGCAACCACCGCCCGCAGCACCUCGACGAGCUCGACUCGGCAAAGCCAUGGCUAGACGUUCACUCGCAGGUGACGACACAGGACUGUUAAUUUCGGUUCCACAACAGCCUGCUAUUAAUCACAAUGAUGCAGAUGAUGAUGUUCUCGCCAUAUCACCUCCUAUUUGCGUGCCUAUUGAUCUUUCCUCAUCCGACGAAAGAUCGACACCGUUGGUUGAUGUUAAAAAAGAAAAUGAAGGUCCUACCUAUGCAACCUCGAGAAAAACAGACACGCAAGCUCUUAGAGAGCACAAUUGCACAACAGCCUUAACAGACGCGGUUGACGUUACGGAAUCCGCGAAAGCCGUUAAACGGAGAUAUUCAAAACCAAAGUUGGAAAUAGAAAUGAAAGACGUACAACUCGAGGACGCUUGUAAAACAAAUGGGAUCGGGGAGCAUGUAAAGUUACAAAAACGGAGAAAAGUUUCUGGUGAACAUACACAUGUUACACGAACUGAAACUAUAACGAAAGAACCAAAAAAGAAAUUGAAUUGUAAUAAAAGAACACCGAAAACAUCAUCUGGUGACAAGAAAGCACAUAAAAGAAAAUCAGAAUUAGCUCUUACGGAGCCAAAAGCUAAAAAAACUUUACUUGAGGCGGUCAAUAAUGAUGACCCGCGUCUUAUGAAUAUAGCAGCAGUUCCUGAUAAUGUUUUAUGUAUGAAACCUAAAACUAAAAGUGCUCUUCUACUCGACAAUUUAAUAAAGAAAAAUAGCAUCGAUAGGCCAGAUGCCAAAGGAUAUACACCAGAUACAAAGUUAAAUCCUGCUGAACUUUUUCUAGCACCGAAUGAAAACAUUUCGCAAAGCAAUAUAAAGAAAACGCUAAAUAUAAAUAACAACAUCGUAGAAAAUAAUGUUCCUGUAAACGGCGUACGAUCGAAAACUAUUGCGGCAGUAAGUCAACUUGUAGAAAAAAAAUUAGCUUAUAGAAAUUCUUGUAAAAUUGACAAGGUAGAUUGCAAAGUUACGCACAACUUGAAGUCAGUAUUAUCAACUCCCACCGAAGCUUUAAAUAUAAAAGAGGACCAAAACCAUGAAGUGCUAUUGAAAAGUGAAACAAAUAUAGAAAAAUCUAUUUCAAAUCUUUCGGUUGAAAACGAUACUAAGAAAAAUGCUGAUAUCAAGGACAGUUGUGAAUAUAAAGAAAGUAUUAAAUGUGCUAAUAAUAUAAUAGAAAACAAUAUUCCUUUUGACAUUACAAAACCAAUAAAAUCUACGAAAUGUACAAAAGCCAAGAUCGUGACUAAGAAAUUGGAAAAUACUGAAAAUAUGGAUGAAUCUCAAAAACCAGAAAAGAGUUCAGAAGAAAGUCCGCUACUAGACUCCAAUUCGUGUGAAAGCCCUGGUGAUAAUAUAGGUUUAGAUAAAGCACUAUCUAAAAGAUGCAAACUGGGCAUAGAUAAAACUAAUGAAGAAUAUAAAAGCAAAAACGUUGAGACGUUAGUUAAGUUGCUAGCGUCAAAGAAACAAGUUACAAAAUCAUUGGAAUCUGAAUCAAUUGUAAAUGAUGUCGAGCAAACAGACCUCGAAAAUAAUAAAGAAAAAGAAAUAACUUCAACGAAGCGUUGUAAGUUAACAAGCGAAAAAGUUAGCGGAGAAGCUAAAAGUAAAAAUGUCGAGAAGGUGGUCAAGUUACUUGUUUCAAAAAAGACAGUUAUCAAGACAGAUGAAGCUUCAUUAGUUGUAGAAGAUGCUUGUUCGUCACCGGUUCCUAGUAUUAGAAAGACCAGAAGAAGAAGAAGUGGAGGGCGACGUAUGCGACGAGUGACGGCUCCUUUAGCUCCGCCUGACUUGCAACCCCGGGCGCCGCCACGGUGGAGCAACGGGUGGAACUGGGACGGCGAAAACUACCUUUCUAAAGUCUACCUCAAUAACGAUUCCCGCCUGGACCGCACAGCGCGGUGCUGGCCGCGCAUGUCGCACGCCAGCGGAGACCGCGUGGCGCGCGGCGAUUGCGUGCUGCUGCGAGCGUCGCAGGCACGCGCACAGCCCUUCGUCGCGAGGAUAGCUAGCUUGUGGGAGAAUCCCGAUGACGGCGAAAUGAUGGUGUCCUUGGUGUGGUACUAUCGGCCGGAACACACGGAGCGCGGGCGGCAGGCGGCGGACGCGCCCGACGAGGUGUUUGCAUCCCGCCACCGCGAUGCCAACUCCGUCGCUUGCAUCGAGGACAAGUGCUAUGUGCUCACCUUCAAUGAGUACUGUCGAUACAAGAAACGGCUCAAAGCAGCCGAAGAGGGCAUUAUAAUAGCGCCGUCAAUAGUCCCGGCGCUGCCUGCGAGCGAGUUCACAUCGGCGCUAGCGCCCAACGACACCAAGCUACCGCCCUCAGUCUCCCCAGAAUUAGUACUGUUUUGCCGAAAAAUCUACGACUUCAGAUCCAAGAAGAUACACGUUCCCAACAAAUGAACCACCGACCGAAACAUUUGGAUGUCGAUUUUUACAAAAAAUAAAUUCGGGCUCGGUGGACCUCAAGAUUUUUGUAAGUAUUUUUAUCCAAUUAGGAGUGAACACCAAAGUUUGGAGUUAAGUCAAUGGGCGGUAUUUCGCGAUCGAGAAGUGCCGAGUAUAGAACUCGGUCUCGACGUGAGAAUUGUAUACUUUACAUCGUAGUGUCUCGUCAAACCUUAAUUAGUACAAAACCCGAUUCCAGUAGAUUGUGUGUGGCCAUUUUCUUUUUGAAUAUUCGCCGAUCGGUCGUUCUGUUGCUUGUAUUGUAAAGUAGUGAUGUUUCUUGUUUAUUAAAUUGAUUUGCAAAAUGUGUAUCGAUCAUGAUGAUGAAGUUUUGACAAUGGAUGCCUUUUUAUAAAAAAUAAGUAGUUGUAAGGAAAAUCAUGAAUGCAUAAUUGUGAAUAGCAACAUGUUUAUUUUUGCUUUGGGAUUGAUGACUAAGUAUUGUGUAUUCUUACUUCUGUAGAGGCAAUGAGUGUUUGUAGUAGAUGCUGACUUACUCUCCGUGUAAUGUCUCUCGGGUAUUUCGGUCUAACAUUAUUUUUUCAUGUUUUGUUUGGCUAAAAAGAAAAGGCAUUUAUACGAAUAAAAUUAAUUUUAAUUUACUGUUACAUUGUUAUCUACGUAGAGUCUAUAAUAAAUUAUUAUUUUAAUAAGUUAAAUACAGCGCAAGUAAGCUAUGUUAUAUUGUGACUUGAUUUUGCAAUUCACCGAAUUUGUAAAGAAUAUCAAAGUAUCGUAAUGAUCAAUGAAAUCAACAAGGUAGUCAAAUAUAAUGUGGAGUAGGUUCAAUCGACGCAAUGAAAUAAAUAAAUAAUUAAAUAAGAAGAAGACGGAAUCAAGCAAAUUAAUUAGUUCUCCUAUAUAGUAAAAUCAAUUAAUUUUUAUUUACCUUAGAUACAUAUACUGUUUUGAUACCAGUUUUUUCAUCACAACUUUCUUCUCCAGGUUUUAUUUAAUUUAUAUAGAAAAUACAUUUUCCUAUUAUUAUUAUUAGCGUAAAAGUAGUAAUGAGUCUCAUAAUUUGACAACGUUAAUUUACUUUAAAUUGUUCAGUGUAAAAUUGAAUAUAUAUUUUUGAUUAUUUAAUAAUAGUAUCUGAUCAAUGUUUUACCAUUUUUUCAAAUCAAGUUAAACUUUUAUAACCAUUUAAUAAAGGCUGCUUAUCAAUUUAAUUUUUCACUAUUGUCUAUAAAGACUGAUUUUUCAAAGGCAAAAAUAACUUUUAUUGCAACAUAAAAUUGUACUCAUUAUUUUGUAAAACAAAUCGUUGACACAAUUUUAUUUCACAUUAAGUGUCAAAUUUUACACUUAAAAAAAUAACAAGUGGGAACAUUGUAACAUAUUUUAAAUAUAAUGUUAGUGCAUAGAUGUAAACAAGUGUGGUGGACGGAAAGAGAUAUAUUGUAUGAUUACUAUAGCAAAGUCUCUUAUCAUUAGAGUUUAUGUCCGAAAACACGAAGAACUCAUUUUAAGUUAUGAAAAGACUUUCACAUUUCAGAAUUUAAUUUAAGUUACAUGAAGCAAGUUUUACAAUACCAUAUAAAUUUAAUGUGUGAUUAUUUUCUUUUAAUAUGUACUGUGUCGAUUACAUUUAUGUAGCAAAGGAAAUAUAAAACGUUAUUGUUCCUCAGUGGGAUAUAAUUUAAAGGGCAUUUAUAUGUAAAUGCAAUUUGUGCACAAUUGCUUUUUUCUGUUUCUUACAAUGUAUCUCUAAAAUAUUUCCGUUGUUGGCUGUCUUUCUAUAUUUUUUUGACUAUAUGUUGUACAUAUUUACUUAGUCUUAAUUAUGUGUUACUUUAUUAUCUUUCCAGUGAGAUUUUAUAUUGUAUUUAAAAAAAUAACAUCAAAUAAAUUAAGAGCAUAUAAAUAAUAGCCGCGCUUUUAAAUGAUACGAAAUGUAAACUAAAUCAAAAAUGUUUUAAAAAUUGUUUUAAAGUACUUUGUGUACACAGUGAACAUUUAAAAAACUUCCAUUUAUGUAAUUUAACUACUUUGAUACAUCCAAAAUACUAGUAUUUAUAGUUUGAUCAGAGGCUACAGUUUUUUCAUUUGCCUCUAGAAACAAGGUUUUUUGAGCCACUCAUCCACUCUAAAUGUCAAUUAAUAAAUAGCGCCAAUUUAUAUAUCAUGUAAAAUACUAUAACAAUCUAAUUUUUUUUCUUUGUGGCGUCGCAGGUAUACAAUUUCCAUUGCGUAAAUUAUCAGUAUGAACAAGCGAAAAUGUUACUGAAUUCGUAAGACCUUUUACUCUUUCCUGGUUGUUAAUUGAUAAUGACAGUAAUAAUGGAUAAUAAAAAAUACAAUGAAACGUAAACUUUUAUUAACCAAAGAUUUAUACGCCUGUAAACUCUAGUUAAGUCGAUGGCAUUUGUUUCACGACAAUAUUAUUGUUUACAUUCAGAAUCAUUUGAAAGUGCGGUAUAGUUUUACUUUAAAGUAAAAGUAAUAAAAACGUAAUCUAUGUUUUUAAAUUACAUAAAUCUUCCAGUUUGACAGCAUUGUAAAUUUUAGUAUACUAAUAAUUAUUAUAAUCUCACUGGUGUCUAUUCCAAAGCUUAAGUUCUCACUAUUUUCUUAUUCUUUGCUUGAUGCCAAAAAAGUUAGCUGCAAAAGUUCUAUUAUUCAAUAAUAAUGUAAUACCAUUCUCUUUUCUAUUUAGGUUAUACAAAUGUCGAUGGAUUGUGCGCGCGAACACUUCGAAAUAAUGUAAUGGGUAGAAAGUAUUCCAAAUCACUUUUAAAAAUAGACAAUAACGGACUAUAAAAUUUAAAUAUUAUGUAUACAAUAAAAUAUACAAAUUAUAUAAGUUUAACAUUUCAAAAAAAUUUAUAACCUAGAAGUACUAAUCACGUACACACUUCAUCGAUAUUAUUACUCAUUACUAAUUAAUUAUAGAAUUAAUGAGUAAAUUCCAUAAUAGUACUAUUACUAUAAGUGAGCUCUCCCUUGCUUGUAGAUGGAAUGUUUUAAAGAAUGUUACCUGGAUUCCGCAGUUGCAACCUUCUUAUAGUCAAUGAUAAUUUUUAGAAUUAGGUUUACUAAUAAGAAAAAUACCUUGUUUUUAUUAUUUAUUUGUUUCAAUGGAAAUUAUAUAGGUAUAUUUUUAUUAUUGUAACCUACAUAGUUACGUUGGCUGUAAUUUAAUAUUGAUGUAAAAGUAAUAUAUGUAUUUUUAUUUCAA